AGAGCGUCUAUAAAUGGAGAGCGCAGCCUUCAACUAAAGUUUACAGUGCUACUACUUUGAAUUUAUUAUAUAUUUGGAUCGAAUUUGAAGCAGAAGGGAUCAAUGGCGGCGUUGGUUGAAAUUCAGGAAAAGCCGACAUGGAAAAAGGCGCUUGGCUACAUCGGCCCUGGAUUCUUGGUUUCGGUGGCGUAUCUCGACCCUGGCAACCUGGAGACGGACUUACAAGCUGGUGCUGACCACAAGUACCAGCUGCUCUGGAUUGUGCUGGCUGGGCUAGGGUUUGCGCUGAUUAUUCAGUCGCGUUCUGCUAAUCUUGGGGUGGCUACAGGGAAGCAUCUGUCGGAGCACUGUAAGACGGAAUAUCCAAAUCCCAUAAAUUAUUGCCUCUGGAUAUUGGCUGAAAUUGCUGUCAUUGCUGCAGAGGUACCUCAAGUAAUAGGGACAGCUUUUGCAUUUAACAUUCUCUUCAAUGUGCCCAUCUGGUCUGGAGUUUUACUGGCUGGACUCAACACUCUUCUGCUUCUUGGUUUACAGAGAUAUGGUAUAAGGAAGUUGGAAGUGGCAAUUGGCGUACUAGUGUUGGUAGUAGGAGGCUGCUUCUGCUCAGUGAUGGCAAAUGCUAAGCCUAAUGUGGAGGAGAUUAUGAAGGGAAUGUUCAUCCCCAAAUUGAGCACCUCUAGUGCUACAAGAGAUGCCAUUGCUCUCCUGGGAGCUCUCAUCAUGCCGCACAAUCUCUUCCUUCACUCAGCUUUAGUGAUCUCCAGAAAGAUAUCGCGUUCUGUUGAUGGAAUAAGGAGUGCAAGCAAGUACUUCUUACUGGAAAGUGCACUAGCAUUGUUCAUCGCCUUCCUCAUCAAUGUGGCAGUGAUAUCAGUGACUGGGAGUGUGUGCUCAAAUCCAAAUAUAUCUACAGAGAACAAGGACCACUGCCAGAAUAUCACCCUCAAUUCUGCUGCUUUUCUGCUCAAGAAUGCUCUUGGGAAUUGGAGUUCAAAGCUAUAUGCUGUGUCUUUACUUGCAUCUGGUCAAAGUUCAACUGUAACAGGGACAUAUGCAGGCCAAUACAUUAUGCAGGGAUUUCUAGAGUUCAAAAUGAAACUAUGGUUGCGGAACCUACUGACAAGGUGCAUUGUCAUAGCUCCAAGCUUAGUAGCCUGCAUUAUUGGUGGUCCUUCCGCAGCAUCCAAAUUGAUCAUCAUUGCUUCUAUGAUCUUGUCCUUUGAACUUCCAUUUGCAUUGGUUCCACUCCUCAAGUUUACUAGCAGUGAGGCCAAGAUGGGACAGCACAAGAAUUCCAAGAUGGUAACUCUGAUCCUAUGGACCCUGGGAUUUGGCUCUAUUGUGAUCAAUAUGUACUUCUUGGGUUCCAGUUUGCUAGGAUGGCUUACAAGCAACAGGAUGUCCAAAGCUGCAGCCAUCUCUGCAGCUAUUCUGAUACUCCCAGUAAUAAUACUCUAUAUUACUAUGUUACUAUACCUAACAUUUAAGCCAGAAACUCCUACCACAAAUCCACUGGACUGUAUUUUGAGUUCCGGGGGAUCCAGUGGGGGAGAUUCGACUAGAGAAAGGGAAAACAAUGAUAUCCAAAGGGAUACUGAGAUUCAACUAGAAGACAUAUGAGAUCAAUAAGAGUAAUGCCUCAGUACCUGCACA